AUGGACAGUGAGGCCUCAACAAUGGAAAUAGAGCAUAGAUUAGAAGAAAAUGAAGAAGAGGAUCCGUUUCUUAAAUUCGUCGAUUAUGCAAAAUCGAUUUUAUCAGAAAAAGGAAGCGAAAGGGAAGAAGAGAUGAUAAACGGGCCGGGAUGGAGUUGGAUUGCGUCUUGGAUUCUUAAGACUUGCAUUGCUUAUUCCAGUGGCGUCACCUCUGCAAUUCUCUUAUCUGAGCUCUCUCAGGCUUGGUACGAGCAGAAUAGAAGUGGAGCUCUGAAAAAGCAGCCGGAAUGCAUUACUCAAAUAAAGAAGAAACAUAGGAGAGGGAAGCUACCAAACGCUGUUACAAUUGAUUCUAUAUAUGAGAAAAAGUUCUUAUCCUUGAGCAGUGUCAUUGAAGGAGUUGUAAUCGAUGCUUUUAUUCUUCCAGGGACAAAUAUUUACAUGCUUAGCUUGGGGGAUAUUUGGAGCUCUAAUACUAUAGAUCUAUAUCUGCACAGAAGGUUUUACAAUGUAGCUGACCCCAAAAAUGGAAUUCUGAACAAGGGCAGGGAAGUUUUCCUGACUGGAUGUUAUCUUCGAAUGGCUGCAGGGAGUUCAAGUCGUGCACGACUUUUACCGACUGAAUAUUUCAUUAUACUGUUAGACGAGGAUGAAGAUAAUGAUGCGAUGCUGCUUGGGGCACAGUUUUGCUCGGAUUCCUUUUCUUCCAUUUCUCUUGAUGCUGUGAAGGAAGGUACUUCGUAUUCUUUGUAUGCAAGGAUUGAACAUAUUGGACCUCUGGAAAUUCAAGGAAAGUAUGGUAGUUUGCAGAGAAAGCAAAUAACUCUUGUUGAUAACGAUGGUACCAGGUUAAAAUUUGUACUCUGGGGAGAGCAGACUCUGCUUGCCAAUCUUUUUAGUGUGGGAAGCAUGCUUGCCCUGGAUAGACCAUAUAUAGCAAGUCCUGUUGAUAGUUAUCUAGAAACGUGCAACGAAAUUUGCCUUGAAUAUGGUAGCGCGACCCAGUUAUAUCUGGUGCCUCGUAUUCUGCACGAGGAACAGGUAUGUGUAGCUUUGACUCAGAACCAUUGCCAAGGAUCAAGGCUGUUAAGUGAUCAAAGUCAGGGACCUAUAGUUUCCCAAGUAACCUUGCCUUGCGACUAUCAAGGCUCGAUCGACUUCAGUAAUUAUCCCUUUCGAUCAUUUGUAGUCGAUCUGCGUGACAAGAUGACUAGCAUCAGCCUCUAUGGUAUUGUUACAGACAUCAAAUGUACUUCAAAGGCCUCAGUUAGUCUGCAGAUUGAGGAUACAACUGGAGCAAUCUGGGCAAAGCUACAUUUUGUUAAUUCUUGGUCAGUGGGAAGAUUAGGAAUGGGCCACACAGUUUUUGUACGUGGUUUAAAAUCUUCUGUGACACCAAAAAAGGGCCUCGAAUUAUCAUGGUUUGAGAAUGAAAGUGGAGCUUCAUUCGUCAAUAUAAGUUGCUUGCCAGCAUUGCUAAAUUCAUCUUGUCUCCACAAAUUAUCCCAUCUUUCUAUUCUCUCCGUCCAGAAGAGUGGUACUCAUGUAUGUCGAGUAUGGUUGGAUCAAAUUGAACAUUGCCAUGUUAAUACAAGAUUUUCGCAUAUCCUCUGCGGUCAUUUUGUUGACAAGACUCUUGAUGGCGAUUUUAAGUGCAAAUUUUGUCACAGCAUUUGCAAUGCUGAAGUUGUUCGUACCUUCCAUGUAAAGAUAACACUUGCAGAUGAGACUGGAAAAGUUUUUGCUUGGUGUACCGGUCAGACUGCUGCCGAGUUGCUGCAAAUAUCCACAGAUGAGUUUUAUGAACUGCCUGAGGAGGAACAAAUUAUGUAUCCAUCUUCGCUUGAGCUUGAAAAGUUUAUAGUGGCAAUAGUGAACUGUGGAAGGCAGGAUGAUAUGGUUAACUGGGAAGUCACUCGUGCAAUGAAGUGUGAAUAA